UAAGACCAAUCCACUUCUGCAGCGCAGUUCUUGGAACUCGUUCUCCACUUCUUCUCAGCAUAUCCUCCACAUUCCAAGAUAUCCUCCGACGACUUUUCAUUCCAAAAUCUCUAAAUUCACAAGCCUACAGACAAUUCAAAGAUCCAACAAUGGCGGACUCUGCAACUGUCUCUGUCCUCCUCCUCCUUCUGUAUCUAUCCGCCUCCAUUGAUGGUGCUCAGCUCAUACUGGUAAACAACUGCAGAGAGAGCAUAUGGCCGGGGAUUCUCGGCACCGCCGGACAAGUGACUCCCAGAGACGGAGGUUUCCACAUGGGAAGCGGCGAAGAAGCCAUCAUAGACGUGCCAGAGAAAUGGUCCGGCAGGAUUUGGGGCCGACAAGGUUGUGUCUUUAACCAGAACGGCAAAGGCUCUUGCCAAACCGGCGACUGCUCAGGGUUACUUCACUGCCACGGCACUGGCGGUGAACCUCCUGCAACUGUAGUUGAAAUGACCCUUGGAUCAUCCUCUUCGCCAUUACACUACUACGAUGUCAGCCUCGUCGAUGGAUUCAACCUUCCUGUCUCGAUGAAACCGGUCGGAGGCGGGGUCGGAUGCGGAGUGGCAUCAUGCGAGGUCGAUCUGAACAUUUGUUGUCCUUCUGCUUUGGAAGUGAAGAGAGAUGGGAAGGUUGUCGGCUGUAAAAGCGCGUGUCUUGCAAUGCGAUCCGCUAAAUAUUGUUGCACUGGUGAAUAUGCGAACCCUAAGACUUGCAAGCCAACCCUCUUCGCUAAUCUGUUUAAAGCCAUCUGCCCUAAGGCCUACAGCUAUGCCUUUGAUGAUUCGAGUAGUCUCAACAAAUGUAGGGCUUCACGUUAUGUGAUCACUUUCUGUCCUCCAAAAUGAUGGGAACUAAGUGUUCAGAGUUUCUUUUGAUGUGUUAUGUAAUGGCUUUGUUCGGUUU